UGUACAGUUAAAGGAACAGUAAGCCCGAGGGUUCGGCAACGUGCUAAUUGCGGUGAUCAUCUGAGUACAUAUAUUCCGUUACCGGCAUUCCCUUGAGAGCCAGAAUAUAUCUGGCAAUCUCAGUCGCACUUCCAGACAUGAUCAGUAUACUCUUAGUCGGCUACUUUACUCUCGUAUUCGUCAUAAGUGUUCGGACUACUAAUUUGGAUCAGCCCUUAAGAGAUAAUGCUUUAGAGAUCAAAUCGUUUAAUUCCCAUUCCAAUCAUCAGGGAAGGUUCUUCCCGCUAUUCAGCGUCGUGCGUUUCGCCAACUCCGAGUGCUUGUCGAACAUCGAUCAACUUAAUGGCACAUGCUUCACAAGACGAGAGUGUGCGAAUUUCGGAGGCAACCCGUCGGGAUCGUGCGCUAACAGAUUGGGCAUUUGUUGCGUAUUUCAAAAGUCUUGCGGCUCCACCACCAACAUGAACAACACGUAUUUCGUAAGCCCAAGAUAUCCUAUCACUUAUCGAGGUGGAGAACGCUGCUCGAUCACAGUGCAACGUUGUAAUCCUAACAUAUGUCAGUUGCGACUGGACUUUCUGGAGGCUACCUGGGCUCAGCCAAAUGCCACUGGAUUUUGCGAUUUAGACGUGUUUCUCGUGUCAGGAGGUUCAUCCACAGUGCCCAGAAUAUGCGGAGAAAACACUAACCAGCAUGUAUACGUAGACUUUAAUGGAGCAACGCCAAUCACGAUAUCCGUCGACACCAACGCGAAUUUCGCAUUCGAUCGACGCUGGAAUAUAAGGAUUCAGCAAAUAGCGUGCGAUUCUGUAUGCAGAGGUACGCAAGCAUUUUUAUUAUAUCAUUGCCUUGAGAUACUUGAACAAUUGUCUCCCGCCUCUAUUUUAGCUCCUAAUGGAUGCUUACAAUAUUACAAUACUAUCUCCGGCACCGUAAUGAGCUUUAACUUUGGUACGACGGAAAAUGUCCGAGCUCCUCAGAUUGGAACGCGACAGAUGGUGAAUCAUCGUUAUGGCGUGUGCGUUAGGAUGGCUUUGGGAUAUUGCAGUAUUGAAUGGUCAGAAGUCGAUAAUCUCUCCUUUUCCGUUUCUGGAGACACGGGAUCGUUUGAUCCAGAUAUAAUAGGCACAGCUUUGGUGGCAGAAUCUGGAGCUAGCUGCACCACUGAUUUCGUUAUUAUACCCGAUCCGCAAGAAAAUGGCGUUUUCGAUAAUACAGACAGAUUUUGCGGAAAUGGAUUUAUAACUAAAACAUCGGACUUAAAGCCGUUCGUACUUUACGUCGUUACAAACGGCGAUGAAAUGCAAGAGGCCCAAAAUAAAGGCUUCGCACUUUCAUUUCGUCAGCUGCCUUGCGCAGUUAUAUAA